GCGAAAACGGCUCGUGGACACAAUGGAUUUGUGAACGAAAGGACUUUUCGUUAAUUAAAGGACGGAGUCUUCGAUGAGCACGAGAAACAAGGCUGCCACUUCUUAUUCAUGCAAUAAGGAGGAGAAGCAGAGGGCUAUGCUGUUUCUGCUCGUCUUUACUGCUGUUUGAUUAACCAUGAUGAAGACUGAACCCCCAUCUGCAGCCAGCGGCAGCGCCAGCACCAUCCUCGUAGCAAGAAGCGCAUCACCGCACAGAAACGCCUAUGAAGCUGGAAUUCAAUCUCUCAAGCCAGUAAAAGAUUCCAGUGCUGCUAACGGGGAGGAUGGGAAACCUCGACCACAGGGCCGGGGCCGCAGGUACGGCUCUAAUGUGCACCGCAUCAAGAAUAUGUUCAUGCAGAUGGGUUCUCCUGGGGAAGAAGAGGAUCCGUCGAAGGCCAAAGACCAGGCAAUCCGACUCUCCCUCCCCAGAGCAAGCAGUCUGAAUGAGAAUGUGGAUCACAGUGCGCUGCUCAAACUCGGCGGGACUGUGUCAGAGCGAGUUAGCCGCUUCGAUGGAAAGACCGACGGUAGCAGCUUCCAUGGACCAAGCACAGGCUUCUCCAAGCUACAGGAGACACGGAAGAUAUUUGAGCAGCGUCACCUGCAGGAGAAGCAGGCUGCGACUAAUCGAAUCCUGUUAAAGAAAGAGCGGGCGUCGGGGUUCCAAGACAGCCGUUUGGAUGUGGUGGUUCGCUUCAAUGGCAGCACAGAGUCAUUGGACAGACUGGACGCGGGAGACUGUCGCGCAGAUGCAGUGUCCCCUACAGUCAGCCAGUUGAGCGCAGUGUUUGAACGAACAGACCAGCGCAACAACCUUCACCGACCAUCUUCAACCUCCCCACUGCCUUCUCACGGGGUAGGCUCUACCCCGGGCAAGGUGGGAGGAAUCAGCUCCAAAAUUGUCACUAGAAAGGGACGAGUCUCCCCUCCGACAGAGAAUCAAGAGGAGGGAGCUCAGCGCAAAGACCAAGAGGCUGCACCUGGGAGUCCGAAGAGUAGAACAAGCUUCCAAGCUGAUGGACCCAAAAGCAAAUUAUCCGAGGAUGUGGCUUCUGGCAGUGCUGGUACGGAUUUCAAUACGUCCAGGUCAGAAGAGAUCCAUAAUGCAUCGGGCAAGGAUUCCAAACCAGAGGGGCAUGCAGCACCAGAAGCACCGGAUGCAGGGAGCAGACUGGUACAGGCGGAUGUCCACGCCUCUUUGGAAAAUGGGGAGGCCACCAGCAGCCAUGAGCCCUCAGAACAAAAGGAGGAAAUUGGACAGGCCUGCGCUGAGGAGGAAUCCCACAGAGAGGAUAUCUCAGAAGCAGACCUGGUGGACAUCAGUGCGUACAGCGGGAUUGGAGAGGACUCUGGUGGUAGUCAGCUGGAUGAAGAUGAGGAGGCUGAGGAUGAUGGUGCUUACGAACCAGAAUCCAGCUGUUCAGAAAUCCCUGGGCUGCCUGUAGAAGAUGAACCACCCCCCAGCAGGAAGAUUUGUUUCAGUACAAACCCCAUCAAGGUUUUCACCACAUACUCGAACGAGGACUACGACAGGCGUAAUGAUGAGGUUGAUCCCAUGGCGGCUUCGGCCGAGUAUGAACUGGAGAAGAGGGUGGAGAGACUGGACCUUUUCCCCGUUGAGCUGGAGAAAGAUAAUGACGGAUUGGGAAUCAGCAUCAUCGGGAUGGGUGCUGGCGCGGACAUGGGACUGGAAAAACUGGGAAUCUUUGUCAAGACAGUGACAGAAGGAGGAGCCGCCCACCGAGAUGGAAGGAUCCAGGUGAAUGAUCUGAUCGUGGAGGUGGAUGGAACCAGUCUGGUGGGCGUGACCCAGAAUUUCGCUGCAUCGGUCCUUAGGAACACCAGCGGCACUGUCAAGUUUGUGAUUGGCCGGGAGAAGCCGGGGGAACAGAGUGAGGUGGCCCAGCUGAUCCAGCAGACACUGGAGCAGGAGAGAUGGCAGAGAGAAAUGAUGGAGCAACGCUACAACCCCUACACGGAAGAGGACGAAGAGACGGGUGAAUAUGCCACCGAUGAAGAAGGAGAGAUGAGCCCCAUGUUUCCUAAUGCCAUCGAGGUGUUUGACCUGGCAGAGAAUGAAGACAUGCUCUCUCCUGUGGAGAUGGACCCAGAGAAACUUGCACACAAGUUUAAGGAGCUCCAGAUAAAACAUGCUGUGACCCAGGCUGAGAUCCAGCAGCUCAAGAGGAAGCUGGCUCACGCUGAGCAGGAUAAGCUGCGCUGGCGGAUGGAGAGGGCUCAGUUGGAGCAGACGGUGAGAGAGAAUAAGGAGCGGGUGGAGAAGUUGGAGGGCUAUUGGAUGGAGGCUCAGAGCUUGUGCCAGGCGGUGGACGAGCACCUGAAAGAGACACAGACACAGUACCAAACGCUGGAGCGCAAGUACAGCAAAGCCAAACGCCUCAUCAAAGAGUACCAGCAGAAAGAGAUUGAGUAUUUGAAGAAGGAGACGGCCCAGCGCAGAGCACAAGAGGAGUCAGAGGCCACCCACAAGGUGGAGACAGAAAACCUCCAGGAGAAGAUUACAGACUUGGAGUCAAAGGUUGGUGCCCUGAAGAGCUUGGAGCCGUCGUAAACCUUCCACUGUGGAAAAGACGGAGAGAACGACAGAAACGCCUUGAACUCCGUCCACUCUACCCUCCGACCACAUUUUCCCUCCAUGACCUGAAGAGCCUGGUGAACUACAGGAAACAUGCUGAGGGGAUGUUACCGGGGACCAAGAGGGGACCAAAACAAACACUGUACCAGACGCCUGAGGGACGUCAAGCCAUCAGGAGGCCCUUUUUAUAGUCAUUUAGUCAUCUUCUCCAUUUCUUUUUAAACGCCCUUAAAGGUAUUAUGAGCCUCUCUGCUCUCGGCAGGAAUGUAGAACCUCUUCGUUAAUAAAUGUUCACUCACUUGCUUGCAGGAGAAGAAUGAAACGGUUGCUGGACAAAGACGGCAUGCCCACAGUGUAGGAUCAGAGCGAGAGGCGGCCUGUAUAGCAGUGACUGACAAGAGGACUGUUUGUAUAUAUUCUGGCAUAUAUUUAAAUAUUAAAAUCGCUUAAGCAAUGUUCUGGGGGGGAGGAGAAGGGGUAAGGGCUUUACUUUUCACAUCUAGGCAAAUAAUACAGUGAAAAUGGUCCAUUUUUGCAUUGCAAAAGAGAUGGUAUCAAGUUUUUUUCUUUUUAGGACAAAAUUGGAAAACAUGGUGUGAAAACAUUUACAGUUAGCAUUCAGGGGCUUCUCAUGUUUGCUUUCUGUGUAAAAGACAUGUUAAUGGAAGUGUAGAAUGAGUAGGGGCUUAUGGGUGAUGAUUUCUUCACAGGAGAAACAUCACUCUGUGCUUUAACUUCAGUGCUUGUUGGUGCAGUGCUCAUUGCACUGCGCUGUGUGCCUCGGUCAACCCUGCAAUGUCGUCUGACUCUCUUACGUAACAGAGUUAGACUUCUGCAUCAAUCAGAAAUAUGGCCUUGUUUUAUUGCUACCCAAAACCUUUCACCAGCCCUCUCUGUUUAAGCAGACUCGUCGUGUGUUUACUCCGAUGUAAGUGCACUCAGAUUGCACUAUAGAGUCCAGGAGAAUCCUAAAGUUGUAUGCCUCUGUUGGCUGCCAUUCCUCCUCUCUCCUGAUGGACGUGGAUUGAUUCAGUAUUAUCGUUCCAUAUACUAUGAUGUGGAAUCUCCUUUUAGUUGGAUUGUGGUGUUAUAAGCCACUUUUGUCUUUGUUAUUUUGUCUUAAAUGUGUUUGUAGUCCUGGGAAAACUGGAAUUUUGACACGGCAAUUGAAGGAAUUUGAGAGUUUUUAAGUUAGCAUGUUAGAGAUACUGAGCCUCAUUCGUAGGACACGAGCAGAAAUUAGGUGUCAAGUUUCCAUAAAACCACUCUUGGGGGCCAUUCACACAGAACCAACGUUUUUUCCCCAUUCCACAAAAAAAAGUUUUGAGACACGUCCAAUAAAAAAAAGACACUUUUUUUUUUUUUUUUUUUACUUAUUUGUAAUUGGAGCAAAACGCAGCUACAUGUGCAAGAUGCUUCAAAAGCCACAAGACGCCAGCGCAAAGGUCAACCACGUCCAUCUAGCACGUAUUUACAUAGAAAAACAACUGAAAAGUAGAGCAGUGAAAAAGAAAAUGCGUUUUGGAUGAAACCACCCCCACAUAAAUGUAAGGGUUGGUUCACACAGAAUGCGUUUUGCAUUCUACUGCAUUGCUUUUUUGUUAUUUUUCUCGCAAAACGUAUGAGCUUCGCGUUUGUAAGACACUGUCAAGUGUCAACCCUGCGUUCUUUUCUUCUUUAUUAGUUGAACUGCAACGGAAGAACACCUUCUGUGUGAAUGGUCCCCAAUCUGUGGAGUGCAGAUUAUUUUCUUUAGUUCAAUUGUGUCCUAUUUUUACUGUUGGGCUUCUCACGUCAACAAUAUUAAUGAAAGAGAAUCGAGUUGGUUUUUCAAAUGCCAAAAAACUGUUAUUCCCAGCUUAGUAUUGAAAACCUUAAAGAGUAUUGUAGUUCUUCCCAUUUCCCUCCUGAAAGUAUUUGUUGUUCAGCUUUUUACGAACUGUUCUCAUUUUAUGUGACUGUUCAUUUUCAUGAAUUUUUUUUUUUUUUUUUUAUGUUACAAGUAAUUUUCUGUUUGACAUUGGUUGAUCAAGCAUCAUGUUGAUCAAGCAACAGGGUAACACUGAGAAUACAAACGAUGCUGCAGAGUUUUGUGAAACAAUUGGUAGGAACAUCAUAGAAUAGGAAUCUUAGUCACUGCUAUUCUGCUAACCUAUAUGAAUUUCAAUCAUCCUAAACCACAAUUAGACUGAGCUUAUGUCUGACUUUCCUUGUCAUAGUCACCUAAAAUCAUUUUUCAAGCAAGCGAGAACAAGCACUGACUGGAAAUCAGAAUUAUGGGACUAUUUUCUCAGUUAUACAGCUCUUUAAUUCGUUGACUCUUUAACCCUAACUAGACACCUGUUAUCUAGCAACCAAGUGCAGAAUGGUGUUUGAGAAAUUGAAAUAAUUCCACAAUGAUUAAUGCAGCAGUAAAUGUAUAUAAUAGAGCCAUUUUGAGGGCUUUUUUUUUUCUUUCUUUUAUUUGCACAAUGUCAAGGAAACCUUGAUUUUCCAUCAGUAAGAAAGCCCACUGGCUUGACAAGGACCUUAGCAAAGAUAUCCGAAUAAAACGGUCUUAUUUGCUGUGUAUAGUUCUGUUUACUGUGAGCCUCUGUUUGCUGAAAUGUAAUAUUGUAAUGUGCUGUCUAGUACACGACGACCAUGUGUAUGGAUGUCCAGACAGUGGCACAGUUAAAACAUUUCUUAUCCCAGAGCGUCACACUAUAGAAACGAGCAAACUGAGUUAUGGAGGUAAAGGACACUUUGAAUCUUAUAAACACUUUUAAUUUUUCACAUUUUAGCUUAGCUUAGCUGCUGCCUCUAAUGAAAUGAAUUUGCUUCCAUGUACAGGAAAGAGCUCUGUUUCUCUCCUCACUUGCUGGUGUAAUAGUUGUUCCUCUUUAUUUUUGGUGUCCUACAGUGUACUUCAGUCUAAUAAUAAGAUGAGUACAGAUAACAUGUUUAAAGAUGUUAUGUUGCAGUGUCGUUAAACAAGCAGCAACUUGCUUGGAACUAUAUUGGAGGGGAAAAAAAGUGUCUACAAACGCCACAAUUUGUAAUUUGAUUGUAAUUGCUAUAAUUAUGACACUGUCACAUUUGUCUGACACCUAACAUAAAGCAGGAACGCCGAUUUUAUAGUUGUUUUACGAACUCAACUCCAUUUCCUCUGUUUAGUUCCUCUUUUUUUACCCCUGCCAUGUAAAUCGCUACAUGAACCAGAGGAAGAUGUUCUCCAUUUGAAAUAAGCGUCAUCAUGAGUGAUAAUUGCAUAAGUACUGUCAUAAUAAAUGCAGAAAUGUUCUGA